AUGACGACUAACUAUUUGGUGCCAAACACUAAACCGAUUAAUGGAAAUGUAUUUCAUUCAUUCGAAAAGAUAAAUGAAAUAUUCGCAAAGAAUGACGGUAGAAGAUAUUAUAGAGAACUUGAAAGUUCAUGCUAUGACUCUGAUGCUCCAUAUUUUGAUGAUAAACAAACUCAUUUAAGAAUUACAAAUCCGGUUCAUGAUGUGAACCAAUUAGGUGACACAUAUAUUAAACGCAAAGUUAAAGCAACUCUAGUUUCAAAUAAAGCUUUCACAUGUGAUGCCGCUUUUAAAUGCAUGCGUUUAUUCGUUGGUUACAAAUCAUCAAAUCAAAACUUUAAACAAUUAGAAGUAGAAACUGAAAGAGGUGAUGCCGGUUAUCUUCAGAUGGAUUGUGCCCGUGAAUCUUUCGCAUUUGCAACAUAUAAACCAAAAUCAGAAAGGAAAGUUAAAAAGUUUGUUCAUUCGUUAUAUAAUAAUGUUCAAAAAUAUGAUAACUCAGUAUGUGGUAAAUAUAUUGACCCUUCAGAAGUUUUCAAGAAAGCAAAUGAAGAAGUUGAUGUCACUUUUGAUAUGAUUAUUCCGGUAAAUGAUUUGUUAGCAUUUCAGGCGUUCGAUGA